UUUAACACGGCCGCCAAUCCCAUACAAAAUUCUAAUGAAAAAUACAGAAUCGAAAAGACACGGACCAACCGUUCAACAGAAAAGUAAAAAAUCGCAAAGAUUUGAGUCGACCAUUCGCGAGGUGAACAUCGUUAUUCCUCCGGAUGGUGGCUAUGCUUGGAUUAUUGUAAUUGCUGCAUUUAUGUGCAAUUUUGCAUUGGACGGCAUCGCUUUUUCGUUCAGUGUAGCCAUACUGCCCGGUCUGUCCAAAGCGCUAAACGUGCACCCAUCGAAAUUAACGGUUAUCAGUUCGGCUCAACUCGGAGUGUCCUACUUAGUCGGUCCGGUAGCUUGUGCAUUCAUAAAUCAUUAUGGAUUUCGUUCUCUUGCGGUUUGUGGAAGUUUGGUUGCUUUUGUCGGGAUAUUUGUUGCUUCUCAUAUGGAAUCAUUCCCGGCCAUUAUUACAUUGUAUGGAGUAAUCGUUGGUAUAGCAUUUGGGAUGUUGUAUACGGCAGCAACCAUUAGUGUUGGAUAUUAUUUUGAAAAAUAUCGAGCACUAGCAACUGGACUAGCAAGUUGUGGAUCAAGUUUCGGAGGUCUGUGUUUGUCACCACUAUUCGCUUACACAACGGCUACCAAGUCAUGGGACUUCACGAUAAAGGUACAAGCGUUUUUGAUGUUGGUUUGUCUGUUAUCCGCAUUUACUCUGAAACCGUUGAAGCCGACGACUAAAGUGCCCCUCACUCAAGAUUUAUUCAACGAAAUGGACACCAUUAACACCCCUUCUCGAGUGGAAUUCGUUGAACUAUACAAAACUGAUUCGAUGGUUUCCAUUGACCUUGAUGACAAAUCCGAAGAAAGCCGACAUUUUCCGCAAAUUUCCAUAAUAUCGUCGCGAUUCCUUCCCAUUUCUGAAGUGAAGAGAAAGAGACGUAAACGUUGUUUGUGGAUACGAGACUUAUGUUCGUCACAGUUAACUCACUCCACUGGAAAGCCUAAUGUCAUGUCAACUGGGCCCAUGGACCGGAAAGAUAUAUUUUAUGCUGCGAGUGUUGCACAUCUCCCGGAAUAUAAAAUGGCAAUGACAUCGGAGAACAGCGAGCUGAAUAGAAAACGAAUGGUCAGCUACCAUUUGUCGAUGGUACUCGAUCCUGAGAUGAUACUGCCAAUGGAAGCUUCAAAACAUUCAAAUGCCAUUGAAUUCCAUGACGAUACUAGUACAUGCUUUGGCGUCCCGCACAUCAUUCACAAAGUGUUGGGAAAUUUAUUUGAUAUUUCCUUGUUGAAGAGCACUGUCUUCUGUACACUGGCAUUGUCGUGCUUCUGCUAUGCACUUGGCUAUAUGACACCCUAUCUCUAUUUGCAGCAAAGAGGUGAAACCAACAACAUUCCGGCGGGUUACACAAAUUGGUUCAUUAGUUGGAUAUCAGUGGGCAAUGUGUUAGGCCGUUUUUCGUCCGGUGUAUUUGUCACACUAUUUUCCCAUUUCAAUGAAUGCUACUUGGUCGGAUGGGCAUCAAUUCUCGCAGGAAUUGUAACAAUCCUUUCAGCUUACAUAGGCACAGAUGCCGUUGCUGUGCAAAUCUGUUACUGCAUAGUGUUCGGAUUUACCAUUGCGUUCUUCGGUGCUCUGCGACCCGUUGUGUUUGUGAAGUUAUUGGGACUGAAGAAAUUAACCAACGCAUUUGGCCUCUCUGCACUGGUUCUAGGCAUAGGUGUAUUAUCCGGGACACCAAUUGUAACGGGAUUGUAUGAAAAGACUGGAUCGUUGCUGUGGACGUUCGUGCUGUCUGGGGGAUUGUUCAUUGCGAGUGGAGUGUUAACCAUUUUGGCUUUCCUCAUUGAUUUGUGGCAAAAACGAAAUAAUAAAAAAUAAUUUCCUUGUU